AUGCCCGUCUUGCUCCUCGUCCAUAGCUACGUGGAUCAUACGGGUCUGAUGUGGGAAAACGCAGCCGACUUCAAGGCGCUGAUCGUCUUUGCCGAGCACCGUUUUUUUGGCCAAAGCCAAGUCACGCCCGGCGCCGAUGGACCAAGCACCAGCGAGUAUCCCCUCUUUUCGGUCGAGCAGGCCAUGGCCGACUACAACCACUUUUUGUUUGAGUUUAAGCAGAAUCGCUCCAUCGAGGAUAGCCCCGUCAUCGUCUUUGGCGGAAGUUACGGCGGCAUGCUGGCCGCUUGGCUACGCAUCAAGUACCCGGAAACCUUUCUGGGUGCCGUUGCCGCGUCGGCUCCCAUCAGUGGCUUUGCCGGUCAACAACCAGAGUGGGACUCCAACACGUACUGGCAGGUCGUCACCCGCGAUGCUACUCCAGCUGCUGGCGCCCCCGCCGCUUGUGCCGACAACGUGCGCAACAGUUUUGUCACUCUUUUCAAAACUGGUGCCUCCGAGUCUGGUCGCGCACAUCUGAGUGACCUCUUCCGUCUCUGCAAGCCCUUGGGCUCGACGAGCGAUGUCCAGGCGUUGGCCAUGUGGAUCGCCUAUGCUUGGGAUACCAUGGCCAUGGGUGACUUUCCCUACCCGAGCAACUACCUCACUAGCAACGGCCCCAUGCUGCCAGCUUACCCCGUAACCGCUGCCUGCCAGCACCUUGCCACUGCCAACCUCACAGGCGAUGCCCUGCUGCAAGGCGUGUUGGCGGCUGCCUCGGUCUUUACCAAUGCAACGGCCAAUCUGCAGUGCAAUGAUGUGCCCUUUGAUGAUGUGGAGCAGGACGGCAUUUGGGACUGGCUCUUUUGCACCGAGACCAUGCAUCAGGAGACCUACUUCUCGCUCGAUGGUCAGCGGGACAUGUUUUGGUCACAGCCCUGGAACACCACUUUCAUCAAUGAUCACUGCUUCAAGAAGUAUGGCGUGACCCCCCGCUACACCAAGGUGGCCGAGCGAUAUGGCAACCCCGAGGCAAUUGAGGUUGGCGCUCACAGAAGCACGACCCUUUCAUUGCAGGCGGCGUUGGCGGCGGCUGGCAACGUGGUGUUGAGCAACGGGUUGUUGGACCCGUGGUCUUCGGCGGGCAUCAAGCGCAACAUCUCAAACACUGUAACAGCCAUCAUCUUGGAGCAUGGGGCGCACCAUCUUGACCUCAUGUUCUCAACGCCGCAGGAUCCGGUUGAUGUGAGCUUUGCACGCUGGUUUGAAAUGCAGCGCGUUCGAGAGUGGCUCGCCGCCGAUGCUGCCACGCGCAGCCUUUGA